UUCCUUUUUCCGCCGUCUAAUUUUUUCUCAUUUCUGCGACACUCCUUGCACUGACGACGGCGGAUAACCCCAGCCAGGCUAAUAAAAACUCAAUUUUCCCGCGCAACACUUUUCAUCGCCGCACAACAAUUCUCUCUCUCUCUCUCUCUCUCUCAUCCUCCUCCUCCCAAUUGAGCUUCCCUCCCUCCGCUUUUUGUCUCGCUCUCCAGCUCAGCUCAGAAUCCGACACUGUAGUGCUAGGGCUCGCAUCGAAUCGGGGACAUGGAAACUCACCAGAUCGCUCAGAUGCUCUCCCAAACCCUCAGCCCCGACGGCACCGUCGUACGCACCGCCACCGACGCCCUCGACCGUCUAUCUCUCCUCCCCUCUUUCCCUUUUUCUCUCCUCUCCAUUUCCACCGGAAGUGAAGAUCCAGGCCAAAGAAUUGCUGCUGCAACAUACCUGAAGAACUUCACCAGGAGAAAUUUUCAAUCUUCUAAAGUCAGCAAAGAGUUCAGAGAUGCACUUGUUCAUGCUUUGCUUCAAGUAGAUUCCGCAGUUUUGAAAACCUUGGUUGAAGCGUUUCGGGUUAUUGUUGCUACUGAGUUCGUGAAGGAAAAUUCCUGGCCUGAUAUUGUACCCAAACUGCGUGCCGUCAUUCAAACUAGUGAUCUGAUUAAUAAUGGUGGAAGUUGUCAGUGGAAGACUAUUAAUGCCUUGACGGUUCUUCAAUCGCUGAUUAGACCAUUCCAGUAUUUCUUGAAUCCGAAAGUUGCGAAGGAGCCCGUUCCACCACAGCUGGAGCUAAUUGCACAAGAAAUUCUUGUUCCAUUACUUGAUCUAUUUCAUCAACGUGUUGAAAAGGCUUUAGCCAUCCAUAGUAAAAGAGAAGAGGAAACUGAAAAGCUCCUUGUUAUUCUAUGCAAGUGCAUGUACCUUGCUGUGAGAUCACAUAUGCCAUCUGCUUUGGCUCCUCAUCUUUCUUCGUUUUGUGGGGAUCUAUUCGGCAUUCUGAAUUCACUGAGUUUUGAUGGUGACGAUGCAAUGGAAGAUGGGUACUUCUUGAGGCUUAAAACUGGGAAAAGAAGUUUGCUCAUUUUCUGUGCUUUGGUCACCCGACACAGGAAGUUUUCAGACAAGCUGAUGCCGAACAUUGUUAAUUGCGUCUCAAAAAUAGUCAAGCACAGCACAAUCUUAAGCAAGCUGGAGUUUCCAUCAGAGAGGAUUGUGUCAUUAGCCUUCGAUGUUCUCUCACGUGUCCUAGAGACAGGCCCUGGGUGGAGGCUAGUUUCUCCCCAUUUCUCGUCAUUACUGGACUCUGCUAUCUUUCCGGCAUUGAUAAUGAAUGAGAAGGACACUACAGAGUGGGAAGAAGAUCCAGAGGAAUACAUACGGAAAAAUCUUCCAUCAGAACUUGAAGAAAUUUCUGGAUGGAAAGAUGAUCUAUUCACAGCAAGAAAAAGUGCAUUGAAUUUACUUGGUGUUAUAUCAAUGUCAAAGGGGCCUCCAGUUGUGGGUUCUGAUUAUAAUUCGUCACUUUCGUCAAAGCGUAAAAAAGGUGACAAGACCAAAGGGAAGGCUCGCAGUUCAAUGGGGGAAUUGUUAGUGCUUCCGUUUUUGUCAAAGUUUCCAAUCCCAUCAGAUGUUAAUGCACAUGAAACCAAGAUACUGAAUGAGUACUAUGGUGUUCUGAUGGCAUACGGAAGCCUUCAAGAUUUCCUAAGCGAGCAGAAAGCUGAAUACACUGCAACUCUUAUUCGUAUGCGGGUGUUACCACUAUAUACAAUCCCCCUGCCUAUACCUUAUCUAGUUGCCUCUGCAAACUGGGUGCUUGGAGAGCUUGCGUCCUGUCUCCCUGAAGAAAUGAGUGCUGAUGUGUAUUCUUCAUUGCUCAAAGGAUUAACUAUGCCAGAUAUGGGAGAUAUCUCUUGUUAUCCUGUCCGCUUGUCUGCUGCUGGUGCAAUUACUGAACUCGUUGAAAAUGACUACUUGCCACCUGAAUGGUUGCCCCUUCUUCAAGUUGUGGUUGGUCGGAUUUCUGAUGAAGGUGAAGAGACCUCAAUUUUAUUUCAGCUUCUUGGUACUUUGGUUGAGGCUGGAAGUGAACAUGUUGCACUUCAUAUACCGCAUAUAAUGACAUCAUUGGUUGGUACAAUCUCGAAGUGCAUUCCUCCUAAUCCAGAGCCAUGGUCUCAAAUGGUGGAACAGGGAUUUGCAGCAUUAGCAGUGAUGGCUCAGUGUUGGGAAGACUCUAUGCCUGAAGAAGGUGAACAAAAUGAAUCAAGUGACUUGUGGGUAGCUGGUCGAUCUACCAUUGCUAAUGCUUUGUCUAAUCUCCUGCAGCAGGCUUGGCUUAGACCUGCACAAGAAAUGGCAGAAGAGGCUUCUCCUUUAUUGCCCCCUCCAUCGUGCAUCGAUGAUUCAUCUGCACUGCUUAGAUUCAUCAUGCAAUCAAUUACCACAAGCAAUGAGCUUUUAAAGGUUAAGCUUUCUGAUUUAUUACUGGUUUGGGCUGACUUAAUUGCAAACUGGCAUGCUUGGGAAGAAACGGAGGAUUUAUCUAUCUUCAACUGCAUUAAAGACAUUGUUAGUCUAAACCAAAAAUUUGUGCUGAAGAAUUUCAUCUUGGGGGAAAUGCCAUCUCCCCCAGCUCCACCUGUGAUGCGACAGUCUAUUAUAGAAGGAAUCGGUGGUUUUAUUAGUGCGGCCUUUUCACAGUAUCCAUCUGCAACGUGGAGGGCUUCUUCAUGCGUACACCUGUUAUUGCAUGUCCCUAGUUACAAAUUUGAAGCAGAAGGUGUAAGGCAGUCAUUGGUGAUUGCUUUCAGUAAGGCAGCAUUUUCUCGUUUUGGGGACAUUAAGAGCAAGCCUUGUUCGCUGUGGAAACCUUUGUUGCUUGCUGUAUCAUCUUGUUAUUUGUGUUAUCCGGAUGUCGUGGAGAAGAUUUUGGAGAAGGAUGAACAUGAAGGCUUUGCAGUCUGGGCAUCUGCUCUUGGUUUAAUCUCCUCCAGCAAAUUUGAACAUGGUCUAUCAUCAGAGUCUGAGAUGAAGUUAAGCGUUAUGACAUUAGCAAAAGUGGUUGAGCGGUUGCUGACGCAAGAAAACAAUUGGUCUGGUUUGUUACAAAAAUGCUUUAUUUCUCUGAUGGAGGCAUCUGUAAGCUUGAAAGAAGCUAUGGGAGAAGAGGAGGACAAUGAUGAGGAGAGCGGAGAUGAUCAAGAUGCUGUUGAUGAAGACACUGAAGAUGACAACGACGAUGAGGACUCAGAUGAUGAAGAACGCGAAGAAACUGAAGAAGAAUUCCUGGAUCGGUAUGCCAAAGCAGCUGUUGCCUUGGAAAACGGUACCGUCGUGGAAGAAGGGGAUGUGGAAGAUCAAGAGCAAGAGCUUGAAUUGGGUGGUUUGGAAGAGGUUGAUCAGCAGGGUAUUGUGAUAUCAUUGAUAACAAGAUACCACCAAGUUCUAAUACAAGGACAGUCACUGCCACCACAAGUCAUCUCCAGUUUCCUCAACACAUUCCCGGAAUGUAAUUUGGUCUUCCAGCAAUAUUGCUGAUGGGUUUCGUUGUGUGGUUCGGUUUCUAAAAGCAUGUUUCUACCAUAGCAAAAAAACUGGGGGGUUUUGCUUCCCACCGUAAGUUAAAGGUGUUUUUCCUUUCUGCUGUACACACCCA